GAGACGAACGUUCACACUGCGCAGCUGUCAGAAGUCGAGCGAUCAAGGGAAAACUCGAUUAUUUACCAAAUUUGCGACUUAAACUGCUGCCCAGAAGCGAUGUCUGCGCUCUUCCGUCUGACCAGCCGCGCUGUGGCGCUGCAGCGAUCCCUGGUGGCCAACCAGGCGGCAGUCGUCCGUGCUAUCAACACGUCCCCGAAAAAGGAUGAGACAAUCACGGCCCCCACUUCGCUGACAACGGAGGACUUCGCCAAUCCCAGUCCCAAGAACUGGCAGAGCUAUGGAUUCGACUACAAGGACCAGGUGGAGGACCGCAAGGCCACCAAGUCGACGUUCUUCUUCACGGUGACGCUGUGCCUGGUUUGGGGCACCUUCUACUGGGCCUACUUGCCCGACACCCAGUUCCGCGAUUGGGCCCAGCGCGAGGGCUUCCUGGAGCUGCGCCGCCGCGAGCAGGCCGGCUUGGAUCUGGUCAGCCCCAACUACGUGGACCCCGCCAACAUUACGCUGCCCUCGGACGAGGAUCUGGCCGACACGGAGAUCAUCAUCUAAACAUUUAGUGCCCCUAUCCUUAGUCUGUUAUGUAAUGCGAAUGAGAAGCGCGGCCAGUGCGUAUCCGCAUCGUUGCCCGUUAAUAAAAUUGCAAGUCUCGGCGUGGACAGAGCUGGCAA